CCCCUAUUCCCACUGUUCCACAUUCCAAAAUACUUGUCUUCAAUCAUUUCAAUUGCCACUCACCCCCUCCACUUUUUAAUCUAAAUCCAACUUGGAUCCCAUUUAAAUCUCUCACUUUCCGUUGACGCCGCCGCCGUCCAUUUGGCCUUAGCUGUAUAGAAUUCACUCCCCUCAUUAUACCACCGGUAGAAGUGUCGCCGUCACCGUGAUCUGACGCCACAUUCCCUCGUGGCUGACGCAGUCACAUUAUUGCCAGUUUUUCAGUCAAAGCAAAAAGCCUAAAAUAGAAGAAAUACUGGAGAAAGAUUUCGUACAGAGAGAAAAAACAUGAAUGGAGUCGCUCCGCCGAGGAGUUCGGGUUCCGACGGUGGCGCCGUCGAAAGUACGACGGUUCUCCGGGCUUAUCAGACCUGGAAAGGCAGCAACAAAUUUUGUCUUCAAGGAAGGUUUAUAUUUGGGCCUGACGUGAGGUCACUCUUUAUGACUAUCUUCCUUAUAGUUGCCCCAGUUGCUGUGUUUUGCGUCUUUGUUGCAAGGAAAAUUGUGGAUGACUUUGCUGGUCAUUGGGGGUGGUCUAUCAUGGUCGUGGCGGUCAUUUUUACACUAUAUGUCUUAGUCCUUCUUCUACUAACAUCUGGAAGAGAUCCUGGUAUAAUUCCUCGCAAUCCUCAUCCUCCGGAGCCAGAAAACUUUGAAGGAAGUGCCCAAGCUGGACCUGGUCAAACUCCACAAUUACGUUUGCCCCGCAUCAAGGAAGUGAAUGUCAAUGGAAUAACUGUAAAAGUUAAAUAUUGUGAUACCUGCAUGCUGUAUAGGCCUCCACGCUGUUCUCACUGUUCAAUUUGCAAUAACUGUGUGGAACGUUUUGACCAUCACUGUCCCUGGGUAGGGCAAUGUAUUGGAUUGAGGAAUUACCGUUUCUUCUUCAUGUUUGUCUUCUCAACAACUCUUCUUUGCUUAUACGUUCAUGGCUUCUGCUGGGUCUAUAUUAGAAGGAUCAUGGAUGGUGAGCAGACCACAGUCUGGAAAGCAAUGGCCAAGACUCCGGCCUCCAUUGUGUUAAUCAUUUAUACAUUCAUAUCAGUCUGGUUUGUUGGUGGCCUGACUGUCUUCCAUCUUUAUCUUAUCGGCACAAACCAGUCGACAUAUGAGAACUUUAGAUAUCGAUAUGAUCGGCGGAUCAAUCCCUUUGACAAAGGUGUACUCCGUAACUUCUUAGAGAUAUUCUGCACCAGUAUUUCUCCUUCCAUGAAUAGAUUCAGGGCCAAAGUACAGAAAGAACCCGAGAUACCAGCUCGUGAAGUGGCUGGUGGUUUUGUUAGCCCGAACUUGGAGAAAACUAUGAGCGACUUAGAAAUGGGAAGGAAACCAGCUUGGCGUGAGAUUGCAAGAGGAAGUGGUGAUUUUGAAGGACAGCCUAGAAAUGAUAGUCAGUUAGAUAAGGAUGAAGAGCUCUCGGCUGCAUCCCCAGAGCUAAGCAACUCCACCUUGGCUGAGGGGCGUAGUAUCCUACAUCCCAGACGCUCUAGUUGGGGAAGAAGAAGUGGAACUUUGAACAUACCACCUGAUGUAAUUGCCAUGGCAUCUGAAAUUGGAGAGUCUAAUCGGACUACUGUCAGUGAUAGUGCUUACCGGACUGACUACCAGCAAUAGUAGCUGAUCUGGAUGCUGUUUAAAUUAUUGUAGAAAAACUGACAAAUAGAGAUCUUAAGCCAGAGGAUGAUAGAAUCAAUGGAUGGGAUCUGAUUAUCCUUGAGGUGUGCUGUUGUGUGUAUAAUUCUAUUUAUUUUUUUUUUAAAGUUCUUUGAAAUGUGUUUAA